GGACUUUAAAGAAUCGCUACAGGCUAGAUAAGCCCCACAGGUGAACAAACUCAUAGCAGAGCCAGAAAAGGACAAGAGGCAUUCUUGUCUUCAGCUUAUAGAACACAUCAAGGAUGGCUAAAGGUGACUCCUCUGUGCGCUGCUUCCAAGGCCUGCUGAUUUUUGGAAAUGUCAUUAUUGGAAUGUGUGGCAUUGCGCUGAUGGCAGAAUGCAUCUUCUUUGUAUCAGACCAACACAGCCUUUACCCUUUACUAGAAGCUACUGACAAUGAUGACAUCUAUGGAGCGGCCUGGAUUGGCAUCUUUGUUGGCAUCUCGCUCUUCUGCUUAUCUGUUCUUGGUAUUGUGGGCAUCAUGAAGUCAAGCCGAAAAAUACUUCUGGCGUACUUUAUUCUGAUGUUUAUAGUAUACGCCUUUGAAGUGGCAUCCAGUAUCACUGCAGCUGUGCAGCGAGAUUUUUUCACUACCAACCUCUUCCUGAGGCAGAUGCUGGAAAGAUAUCAAAACAAAAGUCAAUCCAAUAAUGAUGACAUGUGGAAGAAUAUGAAAGUUACUGAAACCUGGGACAACCUCAUGCUCCAGGAAAAGUGCUGUGGUGUCAAUGGUCCAUCAGACUGGCAAAAGUACACGUCGGCCUUCCGGGUUGUGAAUAAUGAUGCCGACUAUCCCUGGCCUCAUCAGUGCUGCAUCAUGGACAGUCUCCAGAAGCCACUCAAUCUUGAUGCUUGUAAACUUGGUGUGUCUGGUUAUUAUCACAGCAAGGGUUGUUAUGAACUGAUCUCUGGACCAAUGAACCGCCAAGCCUGGGGUGUUGCAUGGUUUGGAUUUGCCAUUCUCUGUUGGACUUUCUGUGUUCUCCUGGGCACCAUGUUCUACUGGAGUAGAAUUGAAUACUGAAAAUAAAGAGUGGCGCCAUGGUUCUUCAUUCCUGCCAAGUCUCUUCAGAGCUGGUGCACAGACUCAUUCAUUGCUCUCCAGAUACUAUUCCUUUUGUGUUCCAAAGUGAUGGAAGCGUUUUUUAUUCAUCGAACUGCCUGGUCUGAUAGUACCAAGGAAGCACACCAUUCACUUCUCUUUUCCAUGGAUCCCAUAGCUCUCACGACUAGGAUGUAUCAACAUUAUCUUCUCUUACUGUAAUGUUUCCAUAGAUAACACAGAAUGCAAGGUCCAGAAGGGACUUAGAUAGCAACUGUUCCCACCAUUAGCUCAUCUGCUCAUUGUUUGCUUUUGGAUCUUGAGACAUUUGAAAAGACCUCGGAUCCCUGAUAUGUCUGACAGCAGGCCUGGCCAGUUUCAUUUGAACAAACUAAUUGUAGCUGGUUAGUGCUUUUUAAAAGAAUCAAAUUGGGGCAGCUAGGUGGCGCAGUGGAUAGAGCACCGGCCCUGAAGUCAGGAGGACCUGAGUUCAAAUGCGGCCUCAGACACUUUAUACUUACUAGCUGUGUGACCCUGGGCAAGUCACUUAACCCCAAUUGCCUCACCAAAAAAAAAGAAUCAAAUCCACCAGAGGGUGGAGGAUAGGAGGUACCCUGUCCCAAACAGACUGAAGAGGAGUGAAGAAGGAAAGAAGAAGGUAUCGAUUACCUACUCAAUGUGCCUUCUCUCUGGUUCCUCUUUGUCUAGCAUCUGUGGAAAUACUCGAUGUUCUUUUCAUUGCUGUCUAUAGUCUUUCUCUUCCCAGGGCAAUUACUUACAUGGACUUGGCUAACCACAAAGACCCAAAUUAUGUUUACUAAGUUUAGUGGCCCCAGUUCUACUCUGGCUUUGAAGCUGUAGGGGUCAAUUCCUGCAUUCUGUAGGCUCCGAUCAGGUUUAUGCAUCUAAUAAAUCUUGGCCUUGUAUAUUUUCAAGCAACUGAACUGAAAUACCCUUAAGUAGGGAAGAAAGGAGCUCAUCUAUAUCUUGUGAUGGGCUGCCUUUUGUGAGAAUUUGAGGGAGUCAGAAUAUCUCUUUUUUGUUUCAUUUUCAUAGAUUAGAGUGAGGUUCCUGAGGGUUGUAAUUGUUUCCUCAACACUUCUAUUAAUAAAAUUGACU